AUGGCCCCAAAGAGAAAGGCUGCUCUCACAAAUGGACAUGUCUCGCCGCCACCUCCAAAACGUCGGGCAUCAGCGAGGAAUAUCAGUACUGCUGUGGCGACAGACCCAGAUCUUAAUGCGGACGUGAUCGAUGCUCCAGACGCGUUGCGUGCUUCUCCCGAUAGUGAURUCAACGAAGAAAUUGUCCCUGGCGCUGUGAAGGCGGAAGAAUCGCCACUCAGCGAUGUGCCAGAUUCCAUGGAGCCAAUUGAGCAGAAAGCGACGAAGAAGAAAGCCCCAAAGAAAGCAAAGGUUGAGAAGGACGAUAUUGAGACUCCCAAAAAGAAGCCCGCGAAGAAGGCAGCUGUGAAGAAGGAGCCUGGAAGUGCAGAAUCGAAGGACACUGUAAAGAAAGAACCCAACGACGACCCAGUCGAUCCAGAAGCAGAAGGCGACGAUGUCGCAAACGAAGAAGAGAUAAAAGAGGCCUUGGGAAGACCUCCACCCGUCAACAGCGACUAUCUACCACUACCAUGGWAGGGAAGACUUGGAUAUGCAUGUCUCAAUACAUAUCUCCGCAACAGCAAUCCGCCCGUCUUCAGCUCUCGAACCUGUCGCAUCCAGUCGAUCCUCGAACAUCGCCAUCCAUUGCAAGAUCCAAGUCAACCAGAACAUGCGACCAAGAAUAGACCCGACAAGAGCAAGCCUGCAGAUGUGGAGCUAGGAAGACGAUAUGUGGAGGCUUUGGGAGUUGCCAAUGCGAAGGAUAUUGUUAAGAUGAUUCGAUGGAAUGAUCGAUAUCAUAUCAAAUUCCUGCGACUGUCUUCAGAGAUGUUCCCCUUCGCAUCUCAUUCCGAGUAUGGUUACAAAUUGACACCAUUCGCCAGCGAAGCUUUAGCAGAUGCUGGCAAAGUCAUUGCGGAGCUUGGGCAUCGAGUCACAACUCACCCGGGACAAUUCACACAACUUGGAAGUCCUAGGGCCUCGGUCGUCGAGAACGCCUUGCGUGAUUUGAGCUAUCAUGACGAGUUGCUGUCAUUGCUCAAAUUGCCUGAGCAGGAGGAUCGGGAUGCUGUUAUGAUUCUGCACAUGGGCGGAAUCUUCGAAGGCAAAGCAGAAACACUGGAUCGAUUCAGGAAGAACUACGCUGAACUUCCCGCUGGCGUCAAGAAGCGAUUGGUCUUGGAGAACGAUGAUGUUUGCUGGACAGUGCACGAUCUCCUACCCAUCUGUGAAGAACUCAACAUCCCCGUGGUGCUCGACUUCCACCACCACAACAUCCUCUUCGACUCCACCCAGAUCCGGGAAGGUACACAAGACAUCAUCUCCCUCUUCCCCCGCAUCAAAGCCACCUGGGACAGGAAACAAAUCCGCCAAAAGAUGCACUAUUCCGAACCUACCCCCGCAGCAAUCACAGGUCGUCAACGCCGCAAGCACAAUCCUCGAGUCUUUUCGCUCCCUCCCUGUGCGGAUGACAUGGACCUCAUGAUUGAAGCCAAAGAUAAAGAACAGGCUGUCUUUGAAUUGAUGCGCAAUUUCAGAUUGCCAGGCCAUAACAGUUUUACUGAGGUAUUGCCUUAUAUGAGGGACGAUGAUAAUAAAGUGGCAAUGGCUACUGCCAACAAAAAGAAGAAAUCGAGUCAAGAUUCGGAGCCUUCAUUCGUGGCAAAUGAUGAUGUCGGAAUGGGAGGACCUGAAGGCCGUGUGUAUUGGCCGAUGGGAAUGGAAGAGUAUCUCCGACCUAAAAAACGUGAAGUCAAGAAAAAGGCAGAGCCGAAAUCCUCAGAGCAGUUGAAGAAGCAGGCUUUGGAGCUUUAUGUUGCGAGGGAAGCUGAGAAGGCCGCAGCGAAGAAUGGAGAGGCUGUGAAAGAGGAGGUCGAGGAGGAAUCGGAUGUGGAAGCCACGCCUGCGACGAAGAAAGCCAAAGCUGCGAUGAAGAAGAAAUCUAAAGCUGAUGCGCAGAAGGCGGCUGUGAAGGUUGCUGCUGCGGAGAUUAAAGCCAAUAAUGCACAGGAGAAGAAAGUUGUUGGGAAGAAGGGUGGUGGGAAGAAAGUUAAGAAGGAGGUGGAGGAGCCUGUGCUUGAAAGUGAGGAGGAGGAUGCAGAUGACAUGCAGCUGGAUGAUGAGGAUGAGAAUAUGACAGUUGAUGUGCCGGCGGUGAAGGCUUCCAGCAAGCGUGCUGCAGGGAGACGCGGGGGAAAGGCAAAGGUGAAUUAUAAUGAGGAUCGUGGUGAGGAAUCAGGAUGA